GACUGAAUGCAGUGAAUAUCAGUUUAGACACUCUUGUGCCAGCAAAGUUUGAAUUUCUGACUCGUCGUAAAGGUUGGAAUAAUGUAAUGAAAAGUAUUAAUUCAUGUUUAGAUCAAGGGUUCAAUCCAGUUAAGAUAAACUGUGUUGUCAUGAGAGGAAUAAAUGAUGAUGAAUUAGGAUCAUUUGUAAGAAUGACAGAAAAAAUGAAUAUAGAUAUCCGAUUCAUUGAAUAUUCACCCUUCAAUGGCAAUAAGUGGAAUAAAAAUAAAUUGGUACCAUACUUUGAAAUGGUUAGCAGAAUCAAAAAUGAAUUUCCUGAGCUGCAGCGCAUAAAAGAUCAGUCUCAUGACACAUCAAAAGGUGAUAAAGAUGGCCAUAUAGUUGCCAUGGACCAAAAUACUUACACUGAUGGUGUAGCUGAACUCUUAAAAGAAGGCCCAUUAAAUCUGACCUCUAAGGAUUCUUCACCUUCGGACCUUUAA